GGAGCAGCUGCGGGAUUUCCUGUCCAGCCGGGAGCGCCAGGCCCUGCGCGCCGCCUGGAGCCCCUACGAGGACCCCGCCCCCGCCGCCCCAGCCCGGGGCAAGGGCAAGGCCAAGGCCAAGGCCGCCGAGCCUGCCCCCGCCGAGCCCAGCGAGUCCCUGGCCUACUGGCCCGAGCUCUCCGACACCGAGGUGCCCCCGCUGGACCUAGGCUGGACGGACAGCGGCUUCUACCGCGGCGUGAGCCGUGUCACCCUCUUCACCCACCCCCCCAAGGAGGAGAAGGCUCCGCACCUCAAGCAGGUGGUCAGGCAGAUGAUCCAACAGGCCCAGAAGGUCAUUGCUGUGGUUAUGGACCUCUUCACUGAUUGCGAUAUCUUCCAAGACAUUGUGGAUGCUGCCUCUAAGCGCCGGGUCCCAGUGUACAUCAUCUUGGAUGAAGCAGGAGUGAAGCACUUCUUGGAGAUGUGUCAGGGCCUGGAACUCCUUGACUUCCGUAUUCGAAACAUUCGUGUGCGCUCUGUGACAGGCGUUGGCUUCUACAUGCCCACGGGAAAGAUCAAGGGAACCCUGUCAUCAAGGUUUUUGAUGGUGGAUGGGGACAAAGUAGCCACUGGAUCUUACAGGUUCACCUGGAGUUCCUCCUACGUGGACAGGAACCUUCUCCUGCUCCUGACAGGGCAGAACGUGGAGCCCUUCGAUGUGGAGUUCCGGGAGCUGUACGCCAUCUCCGAGGAGGUGGACUUGUAUCGGCAGCUGGGCCUGGCAGGUGGGCCAGGAAGGCUUGGCCUCAACUCCUCCACAGUGGCACGGAAAAUCAUCAACCCCAAGUAUGCCCUGGUGGCCAGCAGCCGCCCACCGCCCGGGGAGAUGAUGCGCUGGGCUGCCCGGCAGCAGCGGAAGACUGGCAGUACCCCAGAUGCGCCGGAAGAGGGCAGCCCGGGGGCUGAGGGGGCUCGGCGCCUGGAGAACUUCCUGAAUGACCUGGUCACAGUGGAGCAGGUGCUUCCCCCCGUGGAGCCCAUUCCCUCAGGAAAGCUGAGCCAGAAGGAUGGCAGGGUGGUCUCUCACCUGCAUGUGGACCUGAAGCCCAAAUCCCGCGAGCCCCUCAUCCGAAAUGGCAAGGGAGAAGCUGCCAAUGGGGAGGCCACCCCAGCCAAGGAGGGUCGGCGCUUUGGCAGCCGAUUCUUCAGCCGGCGGACCAAGAGGCCUGCGACGCCCAGUGGCAUGACCAGCUCCCUCUCCACUGAGACUUUUGCCAGUGCAGAGAUUCUGGUGGGGAAGAGGCCCAAUGAGGACUCCAGUGCCAAUGUCUCAGGUAAAACAAGUCCCAGUUCCACCAAACCCAGCAACUGUGUGAUUUCCUGAGCCAAGGACAGUAGUGGGCAGGACCCUUGGAUGCCCACCCCUCCUGCGUGGUGCCAAGGAGCGCACAGGGCACACCCUGCAGCGGUUUACACACCAGACCCCGCCUGGCUUCCUGCCCUGCAGCCUCUGUCCUGGCCUCAGACCCUGAAUCCCAUAUGGGGGGCCCGCAGCAUCUCAAGAGAAUCACGUACCUCCACCUGACUGCCAGUGGCUGGGGGGGGGGGACUGCCGCCAUGUUUACAUGAAGUGGAAGCCUGAUGAGUGUCCGCUCUCCUUUUCGCCGACCCCGUCCCCCACUGGGCUAGCCUCACCCCACAGUCCUGAUGGAGUGAGGGCCGUGUCUUCAUACCUUAAUGGGACAGGUCCCCAGGGCAGGCAGCCCCAGCUCCCUGGCUUCUCCUUCCCCAGGCUUCCUGGUGCUUCUGGUUCCCCUAAGAGGUUAGCAGAAUAAACGGGAAGAGGAUAGGGCUCUGAGCCAGAGACCCCGAGAUCCAGUCUUAUUCUGGCCUCUGAACUCCAGGUGGACAAUGUGGCUGGGACAGUAGGGGCAUGGCCUAGACCCUGAAUAGAAUGAAGGAAAGUCACUCCAGCCUCCCCUAGCUGGGGACUGAAUUUGCCACUUCCUCUCUGAGUGCCUUCCACUGAGGUCUCCCCUCUCUCCCUCAUGCUAUCCUGGUGGCCUGGGUUGGGGUGGUCCAGGCCCCUGGCUGUCACCUGCAUCAAGCCUCUGAGGGGUUCUUUAUAGCAGCCUUACCUGGACCACUGCUCUGUGGUUUGCCUUGUUUUUCAGCCAGAGGCAGGGCUUGGCUAAAGGGAUGGACCGUGGGGGAGCCACGGCCAUGAGGCAUUGGGCCCAACUGUCAGCAGCACGUGCCCUCCCCCACCCUGAGUUAUCCUUGUCCCCUUUGCCAGCCAGGAUUUCCCCAGUUACACUUAAGCCAAAGAGUAGCUUUAGCCAGGCCAGCCCAGCCCAGCGCAUGGUGGUUAAGGAGCUGGAUCCCACAUGGCCGACUACAUGGUUCAAGU